ACAUUUUGUAUAGCUAACAUAAAACGCGAUAAAAUGAUAGAUAAAACACGGACUUAUAUACGUAGUAAUUGAAAGAUGCCCUCUGCGGCAGACAAGCCGAAUGCAACCGAAGUUGUGCGAAUCUACGCUGAUUUACGCUACUGAUUCUACGUCGUUCCUCUCGUCUUCUCAUUCAUUUAUCUGUUUAUAUCGAAUACCGAGUACGGUACUGACCACAGACUUACGAAUACUUAUUAUUUUACUUUUACUAAUGUCUCAACGAAGUAAAGUUAUUCAAUUAUACAAAACGCUUUUGUACAUGGGUCGUGAAUAUCCAGGAGGUAGUGAGCUAUUCAGAAAAAACUUGAAGAGAGUUUUUGAAAAGAAUAAAGAAGAACGUGAUCCUAUGAAAAUCGACAAAAUGUUGGCUCAUGGUAACUUUGUUAUUAAAGAACUGGAAGCUUUAUAUAUGUUACGCAAAUACAGAAUGUUAAAGAGGCGAUAUUAUGAGAAUCCAUAGCAUUAUAAUCAUAUUUUCUUAUAAUUUAUAGAAUACUUAAAUAUAGGCAUAUUAAAUUUAUUACCU